AAAAAAAACAUGGCUACAUCUGACGUGGCAGAAUCGAUCAGCGCAAAUGGGAGCAGCCCCGCGCAAUGAGAGCAGCGCCACGCAGCAACAGGAACGCGAUGGCAGCAUAGAGAACGGAGAACAGACCAAGGAGCAAGAGCAGCAUGCGAUAACGAUCGUCCCGUUGCGCGUGCGAGUCGACGAUGACGCACAGAGCGAGACUCUGCUGGAGUUCGAAUGUGACUGGGCUCCGGGUAUCGGUGGCUCCGUCUGGACUAGCGGGGAGCUCCUCGCUGCGCAGUUGGAACUACAACGCGAGCACUACCGCUCGAUCUUUGACGGUGCCCGCGUGGUAGAGUUAGGCAGUGGAACAGGUUACGUUGGACUUAUGGUCGCCGCGUGUUUUAAGCCGGCACACGUUUAUCUUACGGAUCUAUCGACGCAUAUUCACGGCCUGCAUCGCAAUGUGGGGCGCAACGCGAAUGCUGUGCGUGCUGGCGUGCAAGUGCACGUCGCGGAGCUGAGCUGGGGCUGCUCGGAGCAGGAGACGAGUCUACUGGAGUCGAUCGCGACAAGCGACGGCUCGGACAGGAACCUUGAAGAGGUGGAUGUCAUCCUGGGCACUGACGUGGCGUAUCUGCGGGAGCUGUACGAUCCUUUACUGCAUACGAUGAACCGCUUGGCAACGUCGCGGACGCUGAUCCUAUUGGGCUUGAACCGGGAUGACACACGCCUCACGUUCUUCCAGCAACUAGAACGCGACGGCUUCGAGUACUAUAAGAUCCCGGACUUCAAGCUCCCGCAGGAAUACUGGGGUCGGGACUUUGGGCUGUUCGAGAUUCGUCGCGCCCAAGAGGAUGGAGCAACAGAUCGCUCGUGAACCCAGGGCAAUUGCACUCGCACGUGAAAUCAACAGCAAAGCUCAAAGGUAUCCGAUAAUUGUGGACGCAGCGAGCUACCUCAAGACCUCCUAGAUACUGUACUAAAGCAACCAGGUAAACCAGACGAAAUAGACACCAUAGAAGCGA